AUGCCUGAGGCGGCCGGAAAGCGAAAAGCUGAAAACGAAGUGAACGGGGAGCAGCCGAGCAAGAAGGGAUCUGCCUUCAACGAGUUCACUGGCGUGUUUGAUGGGUUGGUGCAAGACAUCCUUGGCUUGCUGCCCAAGGAGCUUCCGGACGAGUCCCUUGCCUACAUCAAGAAGAUGUGUCACUACACCUGCUACGGCGGCAAGAUGACGCGAGGGAUUACGGUGGGAGCGACGUACGCGGACGUGGCGAGGAGCAGAGGAGAAGAGCCUUCGGAGCAGGCCAUGUUUGUUGCCAAGGUUAUCGGCUGGUGUAUCGAGUGGCUUCAAGCUUGCUUCUUGGUUCUCGAUGACAUCAUGGAUGAGUCGCACACGCGCAGAGGUCAACCAUGCUGGUACAAGCUCCCGGAGGUUAAGAAGAUGGCCAUCAACGACGGCCUGAUCCUGGAGUCCUGCAUCUUCCUCCUCCUCAAGAAGCACGUCAAACCCUACAACGUUGAGCUGUACCACAACUGCGUCGAACUUUUCCACGAGGUUUCCUUCCAGACGGAGCUUGGCCAGCUGCUCGACAUGACGACGGAGUCUCCUGAAGGCAAGUUGGACUUCUCCCGUUUCACCCUUGAGAGGUACAAGCUCAUCGUCAAGUACAAGACCGCCUUCUACUCCUUCUACCUGCCCGUUGCUGCUGGGCUUUACCUGGCCGGGUUGACGGGAGAGAAGGACCUGGAGCUGACCAAGGAGAUCACCAUCGCUAUGGGCGAGUACUUCCAGAUCCAGGAUGACUUCUUGGACUGUUAUGGCGAUCCGGAGACCAUCGGAAAGGCAGGUACUGACUUCUGGUCUUCAUGUCAGAUCGGCACAGACAUCCAGGACAAGAAGUGCGGCUGGUUGUGCGUGCAGGCUUUGAUGAAGUGCAACGAAGAGCAGGUGGAGGGCAUCCCCAAGUCUGUCUUCGAGUCUCUCCUCGCAAAGAUCUACAAGAGGAGCAAGUAG